GGCAAACGAAACGAGGGGGAAGAGAUAGCAGAGGUGGAGCGGGUGACCCCACCCACAACGUGUCCGAUCCAAUGAGAAAGCAGGAAAGCACGAAGCCAAUGUAAAAAUUUCUUUCUCCCAAGGAGUAUCAGUGAACUUUGGUUUCUCCCUAAUUUCUCCAUUUUUCUGCGCUUCAUUCCAUCCCCCGCAUCCCACAAUGCACUCUUUCGGCUAUAGAGCCAACGCUCUGCUCACCUUUGCCGUCACCAUUCUCGCCCUCAUGUGCGCCCUCGCCUCUCUCUCUGAUAAUUUCAACUCCCCCACUCCCACCGCCCAAGUCAAGGUGCUGAACAUUAACUGGUUUCAGAAGCAGCCGAACGGCAAUGACGAGGUCAGCAUGACACUGAAUAUAUCAGCAGAUUUACAAACUCUCUUCACUUGGAACACGAAACAGGUUUUUGUUUUUGUAGCCGCCGAGUAUGAAACACCAAAGAAUUCCUUGAAUCAGAUAUCCUUGUGGGAUGGAAUCAUUCCUUCUAAAGAGCAUGCAAAGUUUUGGAUACAUACUUCAAAUAAGUACCGCUUCAUUGACCAGGGAAGCAAUUUACGGGGGAAAGAAUUCAACUUGACGUUGCACUGGCAUGUCAUGCCAAAAACAGGAAAAAUGUUUGCGGACAAAAUAGUGAUGCCAGGGUAUCGAUUGCCUCAGGAAUAUAGAUGAGUAUUUCAUUGUGUAUUGUUAAUGUUGUUGCUGUAACUUUAGACUCUAAAGGGUAUAGAAGGUCAGCUUAAAAGGAACUAGUAUCUGGGAAAUGAAUUCUUCCUUGGCAUUUGAAUACUUGAGACAUCCUAACGUUUUGCUGUCUUCA